AUGGGUUUCAUUGAGGACGAGCUUAAGCAGCUCAAGGAUGUUAUUAGCACCAUUGACACUCGCAUCAAGAAGCUCGAGGCGCGAGCCACUGGCGGUCCCGUCUCUACUGAAGAGAUCCGAAUGAUCCUCAUCGGUCCUCCUGGUGCUGGAAAGGGAACCCAGGCCCCCAAGAUCAAGGAGCGCUUCUCUUGCUGUCACCUGGCUACCGGUGACAUGCUGCGAUCCCAGGUCGCUAAGAAGACCCCUCUCGGUGUCGAGGCCAAGAAGAUCAUGGAUGCGGGCGGUCUGGUCAGCGACGACAUCAUGAUUGGCAUGAUUAAGGAGGAACUUAACAGCAACAAGGAGUGCCAGGGCGGUUUCAUCCUCGAUGGUUUCCCUCGAACUGUCCCCCAGGCCGAGAGCCUCGAUGCCAUGCUCACAGAGCGUAACCAGAAGCUCCAGCACGCCGUCGAGCUCCAGAUCGACGACUCUCUUCUCGUUGCCCGUAUCACUGGACGAUUAGUCCACCCCGCUUCCGGACGCUCAUAUCACACCACCUUCAACCCUCCCAAGGAGUACAUGAAGGACGACAUUACUGGCGAGCCUCUUAUCCAGCGAAGUGACGACAACGCCGAGGCUCUGAAGAAGCGUCUUGUUACCUACCACAAGCAGACCGCCCCUGUUGUGGGUUACUACAAGAAGACUGGUAUCUGGAGCGGCCUCGACGCCAGCCAAGAACCUGGCCAAGUGUGGAAGAACAUGCUUAAGGUCCUUAACGAGAAGCGAGCUUAAAUUCUGCCCGGAGUGGUUGA